AUGGAGAAAAGCGACGCCAAUUCUGAAGGACUUCAUCUUUCAACCAUAUUCAAUGUUCCCGCUCCACAGCGUUUCAUCGUCCUCAUAGUACUGGCACUUUGGAUCUGGGCUUGUAUUUUGAGAUUUUUCUCGCAUAAUAGUUUAGACGUAUCUCAAGUUUUACUCACCAGGGUGCCACAAGAUAUACGUCCAGGCUAUACCUUAAUGCAAUUGCAUAGAACAGCAAGAAAUUUCGCCCUUAAGAUAACAAGGAUCAUUAUACCUUUCCACUUCAUUACUGUGUUUCUUUUUGAAUACAAGAAUGCUACAGAAGGACCAUUCAAGAAUAUUGUCUUCUUUGUUUAUUUUUUGCCGUUAGUUCAGUCUGUGAUCAUAUUCUCAUAUUUAUUGAAGGAGUGUCAGAUAAUAAGGUAUUGUACCAGGAGAUGUCUGUUGAUAGAGCCUUCACCUCGCUCUUUAAGAAACACCUACGUUUUACUUUCUGAUACAUUAACGUCAUUUGCGAGACCAUUGAUAGAUUUCACGUUGUUCAGCUCGCUCAUUUUUAGAGAACCCCUCACACAUUUCGACUUGUCCGUGGCCCUGUUCCCCGUACUAGUAAGAUUACUACAGUGUUUGAGAGAAUACCGUUUACUGCAUGAUAAAACCUUACUAUUCAAUGCAUUGAAAUACAGCUGCAACCUUCCUAUUCUCUUUUGCACUUGGCAAUCAAGAGUGUAUGAAGGUUCGGCGAAUACGGAAAGGCUACACCAUGUCCAGAGAUGGUUCAUGCUACUCAAUUCCUCCUACACUUUGUUUUGGGACGUAAGAAUGGACUGGUCACUAGAUUCGUUGUCUUCUUUAAGGUCCAGAUCCAAAAGUGCGGUCACACUAGAAAAGAAAAUGUAUCAUUUUGCUGUUAUUAUAGACUUCGUACUUAGAUUUUGGUGGCUAUGGGUAUACUUAUUCCAAAGUUUGAGACCUGUAGCCAUUAAAGGCGACCACCUUUUUUUCGAAGGCGAAAUGCACUAUUUGGAGGUAAUUAGAAGAGGCAUAUGGGUCAUUUUCAAAUUGGACGCGGAGUAUUAUAUCAAGUUUGCAAGCAAAUAA